AUGAACAGAAGCAAAAACUUUAUUUUGGUUUUGAUUUUUGCAUUUUUAUCUUUGAUUAAUGCUCAGUUGAAUCAACGAGAAUUGGGAUCAGUUGCAUUUUUAAUUAAACAAUAUAAAUUAAAUUGGGAUAUAAAUGGAUCAAAUUGUUUUUACAUUUCAAAUCAAACUGGGGCAUUAAAUUGUCUCCCUCCAAUCAAUGGAUAUCAAACGGUUUCUGAAAUAAAUCUUUAUUCUAUAGCGACUUUUACAGAUAAAGGUGAACCAGAUUUUAUUGAGGAAUUAUAUUUUCCAAAUAUGACACUUUUCAGUUUCGAUAAUAGUGCAGCUGAAAUCGAGACCAAUUCAAGUUAUUCUCUUUUAGCAUUGUUAGAUAACCGAAACAAUUUGAAAUUGAAAAAUUUAUAUCUUACUGGUGUUAACAUAACGAUGCCAGUGAAUUUCCCAUCAAAUUUACCAAUUACAACAUUAUCUUUGGUUGGUUGCAAUGUUUAUUCAGAUAUGAUAAUGAACAGCCUUUUUGCUAGUCAGUUACAAAAUAUCUUUAUUUCAUUUUUAGAUUUCCCAAAAUAUAAUAAAUUGAUUUUAGACACGUUCGGAUCAUUCAACUCUCCUGUUAAAACUCUAACUAUUCGUACUACACAAGUUCAAGUUGUUGGAGGACUUAUAAAUUUAACAGAUUCAUAUUUUCCAAAUUUAUCUUCUUUAGAAUUUGAUUUAUCAGGCACCGAUAAGAUUGAAUUACAUUUAUCAAAACUUCAACAUAUUGCAAUAAGAUCUGCAUUGAUCACCUUAGGAAAUCUACCUUCAUUAGUAUAUUUAGAGAUGUGGUCCGGAAGCUCAUCAGUUUCUGAUUAUACUGUAUUUCCAUUACUAAAAGAUUUAAUAAUGUAUAGCAUAUCUUCACCAGUAACUAAAGCAUUUAAUUUAACAAAAUUAGUUGCACACAAUACACCAGUUCCAAUUGUUCCAGAUCAUACCUGGCUUGAAAAAGAUUAUUCUGAAUUCCAGUUAUAUAAUACCAACUCAUCAGGUGAAUUAGAAGAUAUAAAUUUAUAUUUUCCUUCGACCUCUUCAUAUUUCAGAUUGAAUGGAAUGCAAAACAUCACUGGUUCACUCUAUGAAUCAUUUUGUUUUAUGUCAGUUUUUGACUUUUCAGGUAUCACUCUCACCAAUUUCACUAUUCCCGAUUGCUUCAAAUGUUAUCAAUCAGAGAUCGUAUCGUUACUUCCAAAAAAUAUUCCUCAGGUUCCUUUAGAUUUUGUUUGCAAUGUUACUCUUGAUAGCUAUGGUUAUUAUAUUAAUGAAUGGUUGGCUUUUCCAAUUACUGGCAAUAAUUUAGGUUUUGGAAAAUCAUCUGCACCCAAUAUGUUAAGUAAACAAAUAUCUAAUAAGAAAUUUGGAUUAUCAGUAGCUUCACUUUCUGGAAAGACUACAAUAUCCUUCUCCACUGUAAAAAACUACAGUUGCGAUAUUUUUUGGGGACCAACUUUACAAGUCAAUUAUAUUCAAACAGAUAAUAGUAAAGUUGGUGAUCUUUUAGUUCAAUUAUUUGGUAUGUUUAAUUCAUAUGCACCACUAUCGGUGAAUAUCGGUGGUAAUAUAUGUAAUAUUACAUUGAUUGCAUCAAAUGUUGUAAAUUGUGCCAUUACCAAUUACACUACAUCAGUUCCAUUAUUAACAAGUACCACCGAUACUGUUUCAAGUAUUAAUUUAUACAGUUCACCAUCUUUUACUAUGUUAAAGGCAUUUGUUAAAGAGAGAACAUUUAUCUUAUAUGCAAACUUUGGACCAAAUCCUUAUAAUGUUACUGUUUAUGUUUCCAACAUCUAUAAAUCAAAUAUUUCAUUUAUUAAUGAAACAACAAUGACCUCUAUUUUGCCAAGUGAAGUGAUCCCAUUCAAAUACUAUUCCUUUUACAUUUCAGCCAAUGGUUACAAUCGAGUCUUAACGAUGUUUGUAGAAGGAGACAAUGACUGCGGAACAGGAUCUACUUGUAACGGAAACGGAAACUGUACAAAUGGUAAAUGUAGAUGUAAUGAUGGAUAUGGUGGAUACUAUUGUCAAGCACCAUUAAGUCCAGGUGUUGUCAUUCUUCCAAACAACACAAUACCAUCACCAACAAUCAUCGUUAAAGAUGGAAUGAAUUUCACAUUCAAUAUCAUUGCAAUUCAAGAGAUCGAUGAAUUAAGUUCAGUUGUAAGAGAAUUGAAAACAGAUAAAUGGUCAUAUUCAACAACAGGAAAUGAAACAUUCAGUAUCACAACAUACAGUUUACAAUCAACAACAGCAGGAAUAGAUCAAAUCAAUGCAACAAUCGAAUAUUCAAAGAAUAGUAGAUUGAUUAACUUUGCAGGACAAUCAACAUUAUAUCCAGAGAAUAGUUUGAAAUUGAUGAUCACAAUCAAUAAUUGGUCAUUCAAAGACAGAUUGAAUCAAUUAAGAGUGUUGAUGGAAUCAAGUUCAUCGAUUGUCAAAGAAGAUGAAUGCUCACCAGAUUUAGAUAUUACAGUUAACAACGGAUCAGAUGUUAGUUAUCUUCAAAUGACAAUCGGUGAUCGAUCAUUCUAUGUGCAAAACAGAGUCAUCAAUCAAACCAAAGAUAGUAUAUUGAUUGGAAUGACACUUCCCUAUUGCGAUAGUUGUGUAAUAGAUCCCGAUUUCUCUGUUCUCAUUAAUAAUGUUGGAAAUAAUGAACAUUCAUGUGGUGACAAGAAGUUUGCAUCUUGGAAGAUUGCAACUAUUAUUGUUGUUCUAUCAGUGGUUGCGGUGUCUGCAGCUGUAACCACAGUGUAUCAAACCAAUUGGGAUUUAGCAGCAACUACUUGUAAAGGAAUUGUUAAUGGAGAUACUGCAUCAUCUAUUAAUUGUUUACAAAAGAAUGGUAAUUAUGAUUCGGUUAUUUCAUUGGUGGUCUUUAAUGGAAUAAACAGAGACAACGGUGAUCCUGGAUAUAUCGAUAAACUAUACUUUCCUUAUAUCUCUACUAUUAAUUUUCAAGCAAACUAUACAGAGAGGAAUCCAUCUUAUUCUACAUUACAACUAUUGUUGAAUGAUAAUAAGCCUCUAUUGACAACUAUUUCAUUGACGAAUUCAAAUAUUAAUUUGACAUCAAAUUCAUUUUCAACAGCACCAAAUUUAAACUCAAUAUUAAUCUCAAGUUCCAUUAUGCACUCUGAUUUUUCAUUUGCUUCAAUGACUCAAUUAUAUAACAUUAAUUUAAAUAAUAUUACUUUUACUUCCAACUUUAAAUUUUUGUUUGAUUUACCUGGAAAAACCUUUCCAGUCUUGAAUUCACUUUAUUUAUAUAAUUUGAAUUCAGUUGACACCUUUGGACAAGCUCGUUUCUUAAAAUCAUCUUUUCCACAACUUAAAAUAAUAAGUAUAUUUUUUAACAAGAGAGAGAAUGUAUAUUUAGAAUCAGAUGCUACCACCUAUUUAACUAUUAAAGUGGUCAAUUUAACUUUGGGUGAUUGUCCUAUUUUAUCAUCUAUUUCUUUAAUUGAUUGUUAUACAACUACAAAUGAUUUUACCGUAUUUCCAAACUUGUCUACAUUAUAUAUACUUCAAACAUAUGUACCCUCACCACCAGAUCAAAGUUGGGUAAAUGACAAAUAUGACCUUUCUAACCCCAAGAUUAGAACACUAUCCAGUACUAGAACUUCUGGUCAUCUUGGAGAUUUUUAUAAAACUGCGUUAGGAUCUUCGCUAGGUAUCCUUGGAAAUCAAAAUGUAUCAGUCUCACUAUAUGAAUCGUAUUGUGGAAUAGAUUUAAUCGGACUUGCAGCGACUACUUUGACCGAUUUCAAUGUUGCCGAUUGUUUUUAUUGUUAUUGGUCUCAAAUGACAAAUAAAUUACCACUUAAUACACCAGCUCCAAACAAUUUUAUUUGUAAUAUUACAAUUGAAAGCUCUGGAUAUCAUAUAAUCAAGUCAACAGUUGAUUCAAGUUAUUAUUUUGUAAUAAACGGUAGAAACUUGGGUUGGGGAAAUGGUAUGUCUCCAAGUUUAACAAAAUUACUUAGUAAUAAAAAAUUCAAAUAUACAAUUCCACAGAACCAAUUCUUUGGAAGAGAUCAAAUUAUUUUUGAGAAUACAUACAACAAGAAAUUCGAUAUAUUUUGGGGAUUACCAUUAAAUAUUAGUUAUAUUCAAACUGAGAAUAUAGCAUCCAAUGAUUUAUUGGUGAAAUUAUUUGGAGUGUUCAAUACCUAUGCUCCAUUGAAUGUCAGUGUUGGAAGUCAAAAUUGUCAAAUCACAUUUAAUACUACCGGUCAACUGAAUUGUAUUAUCAGCAACUAUUCAACUUCAGAAUCGUUACUUGUGAAUACCACUGAUACCAUUAGCUCUGUUGGUCUAUAUAGUUCUCCUGGUUUAUUUAUUGUUUCAACAAGUAUUUCUAAUGAGAUAUUAAAGGUUCAGGCAAACUUUGGAGUGAAUCCAUAUAAUGUAUCUAUACUUAUCUCCAACCAAUAUAAGUGUGAUAUUUCAACGUUGGGAGAUAGUCAACUUGCUUGUUCACCAGAGAUAGGAUUGUUUCCAUAUACAAACUAUUCAUUGACGAUCUUUGCCAAUGGAUACAACCAAACAAAGAACUUUUAUUAUACAGCUGACGAUUGUAGCACUAAUUCUGCUUGUAAUGGUAAUGGAAAUUGUACAAAUGGUAAAUGUAGAUGUAAUGAUGGAUAUGGUGGAUACUAUUGUCAAGCACCAUUAAGUCCAGGUGUUGUCAUUCUUCCAAACAAUACAGAUCCAUCACCAACAAUCAUCGUCAAAGAUGGAAUGAAUUUCACAUUCAAUAUCAUUGCAAUUCAAGAGAUCGAUGAAUUAAGUUCAGUUGUAAGAGAAUUGAAAACAGAUAAAUGGUCAUAUUCAACAACAGGAAAUGAAACAUUCAGCAUCACAACAUACAGUUUACAAUCAACAACAGCGGGAAUAGAUCAAAUCAAUACAACAAUCGAAUAUUCAAAUAGUAGUAGAUUGAUUAACUUUGCAGGACAAUCAACAUUAUAUCCAGAGAAUAGUUUGAAAUUGAUUAUCACAAUCAAUAAUUGGUCAUUCAAAGACAGAUUAAAUCAAUUAAGAGUAUUGAUGGAAUCAAGUUCAUCUAUAACCAAAGACGAUUGUUCACCAGAUUUAGAUAUAACCGUUAGUAAUGGAUCGGAUGUUAGUUAUCUUCAAAUGACAAUCGGUGAUCGAUCAUUCUAUGUUAAUCAAACCAAAGACAGUAUAUUGAUUGGAAUGACACUUCCUUAUUGCGAUAGUUGUGUAAUAGAUCCCGAUUUCUCUGUGCUGAUUGCGAAUGACGAUGGAACAACUGGUUGCAAAAAUGAAAAGUUUGCAUCUUGGAAGAUAGCUACUAUUGUUGUGGUAUUAUCAGCUGUUGUAGUGUCUGUUGGCGUAGCAACUAUAUUUUUCAUGAAAAAGAGAUUAAAAAAUCAAAGAGAGAACCAACAAUUAUAUGUUGUAGCUUUCGAGAUGCAAGCUACAAUAUAUAUUCAACAUGAUCAAUGUAAACUCCAUAGCACUCCUUUCCAUCUUUACUUUCAAUCAAGUUUAGCUGUUUGA